AUGGCCGACAUCGUCGCUGCUUUCGCUCAAGCCGAGAUCACUCCGAAGAUCAUCGAGAAUGCUCCGAAGCAGAAGCUUCACGUAAGAGACCGAGUAGUUUCAGAGCACUAUAAGUGAGUGGUUUUCAGUUGUGCUGGGACGGAAUCCAAGUGGAGCCAGGAAUGACUCUUCAAGUUCGCAACCUCAAGAAUGCUCCAAGAUGGGCUCUUCCGGGAGCCGAUCCGGAGAGCAUCUACACUGUUCUCAUGAUCGAUCCGGACAACCUGUCCCGCAAGAAUCCUUCCGUUGCCGAGUGGCUUCACUGGCUCGUCUGCAACAUUCCAGCCAGUAACAUCAUUGAUGGAAUCAACGGAGGUGAGUAUUCUUAUUCCGGUCCCAGACAGCUGAUUCAAUUACAUCUGACUCGGAAUUGAUCCAGACACUGCCAGAACAAAAUGACGUUUCCCUCAUGAAUUCGUUUGCAGGUCAACAUCAGAUGGCCUACGGAAGCCCGGCUCCGGGACCGCGCACUGACCUCCAUCGUUACGUUAUUCUGAUGUGGGAGCACCAGGGAAGACGGAUCAGCGUGCCGAAGCCGAGCUCUCGUGCCAAGUUCAAUGUGAAGCAGUUCAUCGAGAAGAACAAGCUCGGAGACCCGAUCGCCGGAAACUUCUUCUAUGCGCAACACGAGGGAUAA